AUGUUUAUAAAAUCGAUCGUGAUUGACGGUUUUAAAUCUUAUGCUCAAAGAACGGAAAUUAACGGCUUUGAUCCACUUUUCAAUGCAAUUACAGGUUUGAAUGGAAGUGGAAAGUCCAAUAUUUUGGAUUCGAUUUGUUUUCUUCUGGGCAUUUCAAAUUUAACCCAGGUGCGAGCGGGAAGUCUUCAGGACUUGGUGUACAAAAGUGGUCAAGCUGGUGUCACUAAAGCCACUGUCAGCAUCAUCUUUGAUAACACAGACAAAGGGCAAACACCACUGGGAUACGAGCAUUAUGAUGAGAUUACUGUCACUAGACAGGUUGUCAUAGGUGGUCGUAACAAGUAUCUUAUUAAUGGAAGUAAUGCCAAUAACAUGCGAGUACAGGACCUGUUUCGCUCUGUUCAACUUAAUGUCAAUAACCCUCAUUUUCUCAUCAUGCAAGGGCGGAUUACAAAAGUACUCAACAUGAAGCCCCCAGAGAUUCUUUCAAUGAUUGAAGAAGCAGCUGGGACAAGAUUGUAUGAAACGAAGAAAGAGGCAGCUCAGAAGACUAUAGAGAAGAAAGAUGCAAAACUGAGGGAAAUUGACUCGGUUUUGAAUGAGGACAUCACGCCCACUCUGACUAAGCUUAGAGAAGAACGUUCCUCGUAUCUAGAAUAUCAGAAGAUUAUUCGGGAACUGGAACAUCUAAACAAGCUGUAUAUCGCAUACCAGUUUGUUAAAGCUGAAGAGAGGAAAAAGAAAUCUGCGGAUGAUUUGGUGGAUAUGCAAGAAUUGAUUGUGAAAACCAAUGCCAGGAUUGAUGAGAUCAAGACCAAAAUUUCUCAGAUAGAUGUGGCCAUAGCACAACUAGAAAAGAAGAGGAAUGAGGAAUCUGGGGAUUUGUCUACACAGUUGGAGGCAGAACUGGCAGACAAAAAACUGCUGCAUGUCAAAGUUCAGAGUGCUGUCGGUGCCAAGAAGGACAUGCUCAAAACUGAGCAGAAGAGGCAAAAAGAGAUCAACAAAAACAUUGAUGAUAACAAGGCAACCAUUGUAACCCGAGAGAAAGAUCUGGGUAAGAUUGAAGGCAGUGCUGAAAAGAUGCGAUCAGAGAAACAAGCAGCGGAACAAGAGUAUGAAGCAGCAAAGAAACAUUUCCAGGCCGUAAGUGCUGGCUUGUCCUCAAACUCUGAUGGAGAGGCAGCUACACUAAAUGACCAGUUGAUCACUGCUAAAAGUGAUAUCUGCAAGGCAGAGACAGAGACAAAACAAGCUCACAUGAGACUGAAGCAUGCACAGCAGGAAAUCAAAAGCAAAGAAUCUGAGCUCAAGAAGACAGAGCAGGAUUAUAAAAAGAAUCAGACCAACUAUGAAGCCCUGAAGAAAAAUCUCAGUAAACUCGAGGCUGAUAUGAAAAAGUUUGGGUAUGAAGAAGGUUCAGAGGACGCCCUGGCAACAGAGAGGAGAACCCUGGCCAAGGAGGUACAGGAUCAUAAAGAAAAGCUGUUGACUGUGGAAGCCAGGUACCCACAUCUCAAAUUUGACUAUAAAGAUCCAGAGAAAAACUUUGACAGAAGUAAAGUUCAUGGGCUUGUCUGUAAGCUGUUUGAUGUGAAGGAUUCCAAGUUCUCCACAGCCUUGGAGGUGACAGCAGGAGGAAAGCUGUACAAUGUUGUGGUGGAUUCGGAGCUGACUGGCAAGAAGCUUCUCAAAAAUGGAGAACUCAAGAGAAGGGUCACCAUUCUCCCAAUCAACAAAAUCAGUGGCAGGACUAUUGAUGAGCCAACUCUGAGGAGAGCUGAAGCUUUGGUUGGUAAAGACAAAGUGAGGCCAGCCAUCUCGCUCGUCAACUUUGACAAUAAAUUUAGCCCUAUAAUGCAGUUUGUGUUUGGCUCAGUAUUUGUAUGUUCGGAUUUGGACAGUGCUAGCAAGGUGGCCUAUGACCCAAAGAUUGCCAAAAAGUGUGUUACUAUUGAAGGAGAUAUUGUCGAUCCUGCUGGUACCUUGUCUGGAGGUGCCAGAAUGCAAGCGACCUCCAUGCUGGCUAUGUUGAGUGAGCUGCGGCAGAUAGAGGAGACCUUGACCACAAAAACAAAGAGACUCGAACAGCUGGAUAGAGAACUGACUGAAGUCAGGAAGGUUGCAACCAAAUACAUGGAAGCCAAACAGCAGUAUGACUUGAAGGCGCAGGAAGCUGAACAAGUGGGCGUGCGGCUGGCACAGAGCAGUCAUCAUCAGCUGCUAGAGGAGGUGAAUUCCCUCAAGGCAUCAGUGGAGGAACAGAAUCAGAUUCUCAAAACAGCUGAAGAGAUCCAGAAGAAAGCUCAGGAUAAGGUCAGGGAUCUUGAAAAUAAACUGAAGAAUGCGUCAGCUCUAAGGGAAAAGGAACUCAAGGAAGCUGAUAAGAGAGUCGCAGAAAGCAAGAAGAGAAUGGAGGAAGCAGCAAAUAAAGCAAAAGAUCAUCUUCAGGAGGUUGAUGGCAUGAAGCUAGAGAUUGAGACCCUGCAGAAGGAGAUGCAGUCGUACGAAGAGUUACUGGUGACUGUGGCAGAUUCCAUUACAGCUAUCAGUGAGGCUUUGAAAGAGCUCAACGAGGAACUUGCAGUGUCUCAGAAUCAUGUGCAGCAAGCCCAGGAGGCACUAAACAAGCAUAGAGAGACUCUGAAAGCGUACAAUCAAGACAUUGCCAACUUAGACACAGAGAAGAAGAAACUCAACAAAGAGAGCAAAGAUUGUGGGCUUCAGAUUCAAGAUCUGGAGCACAAGACGACCAAGUUUCAGAAGGACUCGAAAGAAGCGAGCAGAUAUGUGGAGUCUUUACUGGAAAACUACGACUGGAUUGUGGAUGAGAGGAAAUUCUUUGGCCAGCCCAACACCAUUUAUGACUUUGAUGCACAAGAUCCUAAAGAAGCGGAGAAGAGAAUCCAGAAGUUGACUGAGACUAAAACCAAAUUGUCUAAGAGUGUCAAUGUUCGAGCCAUGAACUUGUUGGGCUCUGCAGAGGAGCAAUACACUGAUCUGAUGAAAAAGAGGAAAGUGGUCUUAAACGAUAAGGCAAAAAUUGCCUCUGUCAUAGAAGAACUGGAUAAGAAGAAGAAAGCAGCGCUUAUCAAAGCAUGGGAGCAAGUGAAUAAGGACUUUGGUUCUAUAUUCUCCACCCUGCUGCCAGGAACCCAGGCUAAACUAUGCCCCCCUGAGGGGCAGACAGUUUUGGAUGGCCUAGAAGUCAAAGUUGGGUUUGGAUCUGUGUGGAAGGAGUCCCUGGGCGAACUCAGUGGAGGUCAAAGGUCUCUGGUUGCCUUGUCACUGAUUCUGGCGAUGUUGUUGUUCAAACCGGCUCCCAUUUACAUUCUGGACGAAGUGGAUGCAGCGCUGGACCUGUCUCACACACAGAACAUUGGGCAGAUGAUCAAAUCUCACUUCAAACACUCACAGUUCAUUGUUGUCUCCCUUAAAGACGGCAUGUUCAACAAUGCUAACGUACUUUUCCGCACCAAGUUUGUUGAUGGCGUGUCCACUGUGUCCAGGCAUGUACAGCUACAAAACCAUCAUUCUUCAGGGGUCGGAGCAGACAAGGAAAAUAUCGGGGUCAACGGACAAAGGAAAAAACUUAAAAAAUAG